AUUAGUGUUACUUCGCUUGAAUACAUACAGUUCUGUCUCUUUAUAAGCUGGGUAAGGAAGGAUAGAUUAACAAAAUCAGCUAAGUUCUACAGCAGAUACCAAAUGUCUUCGUUGGAUCGGUUGGUACGACGGAUACAUGAUGAAUACUGUUGUUUUCGUUUGCCUGAUGAAAAAGUCAAAGACAUUGAAGACAUGGUGGUAAGCCUGGUCAAAUAUAAACUUCCGGUUCUGUUGCAGCAUCAUUCCAGAUAUCGAUACUCAAUAGCGGAAGUAGUCGACGCCGGAAGCUAUUUUGAGCAGACAAAAAUAGAACUGCCUAAUGAAUUUGAUUUCAUGCUAGUUGUGGAGCAAUUGUCUCGAGAAAAUUCUAUUUUUAUUUCACAAGGAUGCAAACCAGGACACGCGCAUGUGGCGGUGCAGGAACCGGAACUUUGGGAUACAGCAAGAUCUGGAGACAGUCCGGAACAUCAAUUUGAAAUAGCUCUACUGCAGUUCAACAUGCACGUUAGGGAGACACUGAAACUGCUUCUAUCGGAACCCCUGAAAGGAAGAUUCGGACAGCUUCAGAUGAAAGGAGUAACCGUGCGGGGAAAACCUUUCAAAGCCUUCUCACAUGUACAGACAUUAACAUUAAAAUGGACUGAAAUAACCGUCAGACAACCCAAUACAACAGUCUUGUAUAAACGCAGGCCUUCUCGGCAAGAGGAGAUAGAAGUGUGUGUGGACUUAAUGGCUUGUUGCCAUCUUCCAUUGCCCGCGUUUAUUGACAUACUACCAGACAAGUGUCUCCAAAAUGAAGGUUUAAUUAAAAAUGGAUGUCACAUAGUUCUGAAGUCUUGCGAGUCAUUCUCUUGCAUGGAUAGUCAGAGAAAAUGCCGGCUGAUUUCUUACACGAAGACUGAACAGGAGUGUAUGAAGAGGUUGCACGUGACUUGGAAGGUGGCAUACCGGACGCUGAAGUGGCUCUUCCGGUACACGGAAGUUCUAGAAGUCGACACGUACAAAAUUAAGACAGCGGUGCUUUAUUGUAGCUCUAAGCAGCGCGGUUCCGGACAUUUGGCUGUAGGGGAAGCACUGAUUCAGAUCCUACAGGUCCUUAAAGACAGCGCGCAUAGCAACCAACAACCCGGAUAUUUCAACGAGUCGCUAAACGUUUGGACCGUCAGCCCAAGUUAUCAAUACUUAGUCAAGUACGAAAUGAUCUUUCUGUUAAAACUCUUUAAAAACAUCCGUAGAGAUCCAAAUGGACAAUGUGCAAACGUUUCACGGAAUUUAGAAGUCGUCCAUUUGUGGAUUCACUCUUUCUGUUCGCACGCGGCGGAAAUCUCGCGUAUGAACGAUGCUAGACUAAGUCCCCUGGAGAGGUUCAACGGCCAAGGUAAUAAGUUCCUGGACGUCAUGAGAGACAUGGAACCUACGCUAAAGACCCACAAGGCGCUGGCCUGGAUUCCGUUUCAAAUGAAAUGCUGCGUUUUGUUUGAUGUUUUUAAAGUUUUAUUUCCAUUAUUUGUCCAGAAAACGCUGCCUUUUUUCUGCCUUGGUUCUGCAAUCUUUAUGACUUGUUAUAUAUUCCCAUUUUGGUAAAGAACAUAAAGGAAUAAGAUGUUAGAUCAUGACACAUACCUAUUGACAGCCGGUCGGUUUGGUCGUAAAAAUUCAAUUUCAUGCAGAUUUAUAAUGCUGUAAAAUAAGAGUUUUUUAACAAAAUGAAAACAUGCAAAAUCGAGAUUUCGUACGAAUAUACUUCACAGAAUUACUUUAAGAAAGAAAAACAGUACAGUGAUUU